AUGGCUAGUACAGUCCUGGGUGGGCUCGGUCAAGGGUCUAGUGGAGCCCAGGCAGCAAGCGAUCUAGAGAACUGGAGAGGCUGGCAGAGGGAAGUCAAAUCGCUGCGGGCUGAGCUCGGCCGGGGGCGGUGCGACCGGCGGAGCGGGCUGGAGCGCGGGCCCGAGAGCGCAGCAGAGCCCGGAGGCUCGAGCCGCUGCGGUUCCCGCUGCUCAGCGCGGAGGCGGAGUGCGCGGCGACCAGGGCGAACCGGCGACUGCACCCGCGCGGCGCUCGCUCGCUCGCUCGCUCGCUCGCUCCUGCUGUGUCUGGAGCUCCAGCGUCUCCCCGAGCCUCCCGACUCCGCGCCUCCCACCUCCUCCCUCCGCCCUGCGCUCCCCCGCCCUCUGCUGCUCGCGGCCUCGCCAGUGACAAGCUACUGUAAGUGUGACUCGCUUAAACGAAGUCGCACACCCACAGAGGGAAGUAAUCUGCAGGCUGCCGUGGGAGCUGAAGGAGAUAGAGCUGAGAAAAAUUUUGCAGUUGCAAGUCUUGGGUGUUCUGUUGACUUCACAGUCUAUCACCUCCUGUUAUUACAUGUGGAAGUACUUACUGAAGUAACUAUUUUAAACAGCCUUUCAAAGAUCUUUGGGGCCUCCCACAGACUGAACCAUCUACCAAAGAACAAGCAUGGGCUGGACCUAGGACCCCUGCAAGUAGCAGAUGAAGAGCUUGGUCUUCCUGCAGGUCCCCCAACCAAAUGGAGCACGGACUGUUCUGGAAUCUGUUGCCUACCUGUCGAUCCCAUUCCCCUAACUGGACCACCUUUUCUUAACUCAGUGGGAGAGGAUGCAUUUACUUCUGCAGUGACUUGAUGUGCCAGGCUGGGGUGAUACCCGCAGGGUUGGGGGGUUCCCUUUCUCAGAGGAGAGGGGGAGAAGGAAUAGAGAGGAGGAGCUCUGAGAGGGGGAAAUGGGGGGAGAGGGGGACUGACAUUGGGAUAUAAAAUGAGUACAUCAAAAAGUUAUUGAAAAAAAGUUUCUUUACCACAUUCAAGAAUUUGGCUUUAUUUUAUGACUCAUUGAAUUUAACCCAGGCAAGCUAUCCAUGGUAACUAUCCAUGGUAACCUGUUGGAAUUCAGAACUGUAAGAUAGAUAAACAAGUAAAGAGAUGGUAAAAUAGAUAGACCGAUUUAAAAUAUUGAAGAAGUUUCCUAACCUCAAAGUUGAGAAUAUUUUAUGUCUGUUCUUGAACCAUAGGUUUUGAAGAAGUAUAAUGAAUACUCUUGUAAGCACAGUAGUUAUAUAGUUUGACAAAAGAACAAGUUGUCAGGUUGCCUGCAAUUUAAGGUCAUGUACAUGUCAAGUGCAUUUAAGAAAACAAGUGUGCCAGAAUGAAGGAAUAUUUGCUGGUGUUAAACACUGUAAUUUGAGAGUUGAUUAGUGUUAUCAACAUGGACCAUAAAGAUAAUGACUUCUAAGCUGCCAUCUAAGACUAGGUGUGAGGAGAGUUAUAACAUUGGUAAGCAAAAUUAUGAUGGGGCAAAGUGUCCACACU